GCACUAUUGGAAAAACAUCGCCUGCCGGAGGUCAUGCAAGAGCGAGGUCAAUCUGACGGGGAAAACGGUCAUUGUGACAGGUAGGACAGUUUCUCCUCUUCGCGGUUACCUGCUGUAUCACUUCAAAGUUUGUACUGGGUGUCCUAUGACAGACUAUACACCUAAAUUGAUUGGCAAGAAGCUCCGACAGGCUGGCUGCGUGGCUGGUUUGCCGGGUAACGCGUCGGGUGGCUCCAGGCAGGGGCGUAUCAAGGGUCCAACUUGUGGGGAGGGGGUGGAAUUUUUAAGAGGGGGACUUGCAGGCGUUUGGUUAUUGUUUCAAUCAGUCCAAAGCUUUGCUCUCUCCUGCAGUGGGGUUCGGGUAUGAACAACAGAGGGUUCUCCGGUACCUAGCAACGACUUCCCGUCAGGCUAACACCGCAGUUCAUAGUUGGGGAGAGCUGUCACGGUGGUACGGUGUAUAUUCAGCAGUAUGGGGGAGGCUGACCGCGGAUUUUUUUUUUUUUACGAAACGGUACCACCACCUGUCUUGGAAGGGGGUGGUCGUUAGGAUUCUUUUAGGGAAGAAAAAUCUGGACCGUCGUUUUUUGAAAAAAAAAUCCUUUUAACCUCCCCCCCCCUUACUCAAAACCUGGAAAAAAGUAAGGCCACAUAAGGAAGAACAAUACAGUACUUUUCCCAGGUCUUCGCUGUUGAAAAUGAUAUCAUAUCCAUACACACUGAGGACAUCAUUUCUAAUCGUCUAAUCGCAUGAGCCUCUACACGGGUCUUUACCUGCUCAGCCAAACAGUCCUGCCAAUCAAGGUCAAAAACAAGGCACUCUGAAAAUAGUUUGGGUGGUAUACAAAACAAGGCUUGUGCUUCAAGGACUUUAGCAGGUGACUAGCAUGUUAACCAAUCGCGAACAAACAAGUCUGCCUUUAAUGGCGGGUGUGCCUCCCAUCCGAUGCUUGUGCCCCAGUUGCCCCGCCCCCUGAUAUACAUGUAUUCACCCCAGUUGCGUCAUUGCUUUGUGUUAUUUAGCGUACAAAUAUUUAAUAACAUACGGGUGUUAAGCCACAAGUGACUCAGUAGCCCAACAAGAAUAAGGAACAGUUCCAGACGGGGUGGCUGUUUUCAUUAAACUCAUACUACCUGCGGGAGCGUCAUCCGUCACUCUGUCAGAGAAUGAUGUUCCCAGUCGGUGUUAGGCUCAGCUCAUAAUAACGAAUGACAGGAUCCAGACGGCGUGAACAACUCCCUAUCGUAAGUUGUCAAUGGUACAUGAUACAUACAGUAGGCCUAUACAUCCAACGGUGUGUGCUGUCACCUAACCUUGGGUCCGUCGUCUGCUUAUUCAUCGCUAACUCAUUUCGAAAACUUGCUACAGGCACUCAAUCCAUCCUUUCAUCUCUGACAAAUUUCGCGUUUACCUCAGGGGCCAACUCCGGCAUCGGCAAAGUGACCGCCCAGGACUUGGCUCGGCGAGGCGCCCGGGUCAUCCUGGCCUGUCGCAAUCUCCGGAAGGCCCAGGAUGCCGCUGAGGAGAUCAAGGCGCGCACGGGCAACUCGGAGGUAGUGGUGGGCCACCUGGAUCUAGCCAGCCUGCAGUCCGUCCGGGAAUUCGCAAAAGAGAUCAUCGAAGGCGAAGACAGACUGGAUAUUCUAAUCAACAAUGCGGGUAUAGCCGUUGUGUCUGGUGAGCCUCUAACGGAAGACGGUUUCCCCGCGUUGUUCGGUGUCAACCACUUCGGCCACUUCCUCCUCACCAACCUCCUCCUGGACCUGCUCAGGAAGAGCGCCCCCAGCAGGGUGGUCACUGUGUCGUCAAACUACCACCGAAGCGUUUGGAGUCCGCUAGACCUGACCCCGGCUGUGAACGACGGCGGCAUCCCCGGUGGGAACGGGGACGGUGGGGCGCUGUACCCGCGCCUGAACGCUUACAAUCACAGCAAGCUGGCUAACAUCCUCUUCAGCCGCGAGCUGGCCCGCCGCCUGGCUUUAACCGGGGUCGUUUCCGUCUCCCUUCACCCGGGUGUCAUUUUCACGCCGAUCUGGAGGAACGUGUGGAGUCGAAUCUGGAUCCUGACCCCGCUGUACUACAUCCUAGGCCCGCUGAUGUGGCUGGUCUUAAUUGACGAAGAGGCAGGUGCCCAGACCAUUCUCCACUGCACCCUGGACGAGUCCAUCGUUAACCUUUCGGGCCAGUAUUUCAGCAACUGCGUGGUCAGUGAACCGUCCACGAUGGCCCAGGAUGAUGAACUAGCUACGCGACUGUGGGCGGUCAGCUGCCAAGCCACAGGGCUCGCGGAAGAGUAAAUGAAAGCUCAAAAUCGUGUACAAUUUGGACAGUAACUUAGUUCCAGAGUGAUGUAUAUGAUAGAUUAUAGUUCAAAGAUGAGUACUCAAAACCGUUUAACAAAUACUUCAUUUUCAAAUAGCUGAGAGUAUGUGAUCAAUUCUUUAAAAUACUUGAUUGAUAAGAAUACGAUUGCAGUGCAGACAUCUUGAAUUACUGUGGAUAACAAGGCACUCUAAACAAAAAUUGAUAACACUGAUUACCAAACUUGUAAGUGUCGAGAAGAGGUUUCAUUGUCUUUGCAUUGAAAAACUUUUGUAAACGGC